AUCUGCAUAGCCAUUAUAACCCAAGCAGUAGAGAAGGUUUGGUUUCUUACACAUAACAUUUCAACACCUCUACGGUACCAGAAAAAAGAACCUGGUUUUACAGAAAUCCUAACUUGGUGGGUUUUUUUAGCUUGCUUUUUAAUAUAUACACAAAGACAUACAUAUAUCACAGAGUGUACUCUUGCAACCUGCCAAGAUGUCUAGAGUAGCAAAAUACCGGCGGCAAGUCAGUGAGGAUCCAGAUAUUGACAACUUACUGUCCACUUUGUCGCCAGAGGAGAUGGAGGAGCUAGAGAAAGAGCUAGAUGCAUCUGAUACAGAUGGGAAUGUUCCGGCAGGCCUGGAGCAGAGAGACAAAACUGACAAGCAACUGAGUGGCAAGUACAACCGAGAGGAAAAUCUCAGCUACCGUGAAAAAGAGGCCAAGAGGUUUAUUCCAAAGGAACAGUCAAUGCAUGAAGCAAAGGCAACAGAGAAAAAGAAGGAGGCAAAGAUUCCCGAAGACAAGCGUAAGGAACCUUACAGCAGGGAUCUGAAAAAAAGUAGACCUUCUGAUCUGAUGAAAGAAGGGAAAAAAGAAGAACAGGUCCAGAAAGCAAACCAGAAGGGAAAGGAUGAAACAGACAUCAACAAGAAAAUGGGGCAAGCCAAAGAAGAGAAAACCGGUAAGGAGGAAAAAAGGUUCUCCAGAGAGAAAGAAAAAUCCAUGGCAGCAGAUAAAGGUGUAACCGGCCAGCUGAGAGGGGAAGAAAGGGGUAAACUGCUAAAGAGCAAGUCAGCAGAAGAUAAAGGAAAAGAAGAGAGGGCAGCAGAGCAUAAGAGAGGGACUGGGUGGGACAGAAAGACUGAAGAUAAAAAAGAAUGUGAAAAAAUGGGAGAAAGAAGAUCAGCUUUAAAGCAAGACUCAAAGAGAGAAGAUAAAAAAGAAUCUCCAAAAGCGGGAGAAAUAAGUUCAACUACAAAGCCUGGCUCAAAGGUUAGCAGUGAAGAGAAAUUGCUGAGUGACAGUAAAGGAAUUCCAGAGACAAAAGUCUCAAUUUUAGAGGAAGAGAACAUGAUCCAGGAGCCUCCUGAUAGCAGCCCCUCUAAAUCUGCAGAUAGUUCCUCAAGCCAGAGCAAGGAGGAUGAAGCCGCCAGCAUCUUUGAUGAACCCUUGGAAAAGGUUAAGAAUAAUGACCCAGAGAUGGUAGAAAUUAAUGUCAAUAAUUCUGACUGCAUCAACAAUGAGAUCCUGGUACGCUUUGCUGAGGCCUUGGAAUUCAACACUGUGGCCAAGGUCUUUGCCCUGGCCAACACCCAUGCUGACGAUCAUGUUGCAUUUGCCAUUGCCAUCAUGUUAAAGUCCAACAAGACACUGACAAGCAUUAACCUGGAUUCCAAUCAUGUCACAGGCAAAGGGAUCCUGGCCAUCUUUCGUGCACUGCUGCAGAACAACACUCUGACAGAGCUGCGCUUUCACAAUCAGAGACAUAUUUGUGGAGGGAAGACCGAAAUGGAGAUAGCCAAGCUGCUGAAAGAGAACACCACUUUGCUGAAACUGGGCUACCACUUUGAACUAGCUGGGCCACGCAUGACAGUCACAAAUCUGCUGAGCAGGAAUAUGGACAAACAGCGACAGAAACGUUUACAAGAGCAGAAACAGGCUCAAGAAAAAGGGGAGAAGAAGGACUUCCUUGAGGUGCCAAAGGCACGAUGCUUGCCAACUGGCUCACCAAAGAUUUCUCCAAAACCAUCCCCCAAAACCUCCCCUUGGUCUUCCCCUAAAGCUCCUCCUAAGAAAGCUGGGAUCCCAGUUGCUCCUCCUCCACCACCACCACCACCUCUAGCCCCUCCACCUGCUCCUCCCUUGAUUAAUGAAAACUUACGCUUGUCCCUUUCUCCGGCCACUCAGAGGAAGAUGGUGGAGAAAGCGCUUCCUCCCCAGGAGAAGAAUUCCAGAGAUCAACUUCUGGCUGCCAUUCGCUCUAGCAACAAGAAGCAGUUGAAGAAGGUGGAGGUUCCCAAGUUACUUCAAUAGUAGGGAAAGGAAUCUAGAUUUCUUGGACAGAUGAGAUUGCCAAGGCUGAAUCACUAUGUUUGUCUCUCGGGUGACUGUUUACAUGAGAAGAACUCAACAGAGCAACAGUCCGCCCUGCAUUAGUCCCAGAUGAACAGUGUUCUCCAUGGGAUUAAUUUGGAUAGAGGAAUUAGAUGGAUUGCCAAGAGGCAUUGUUAUCAGGAAGAAGUAAUAUUUAUUUUUAGUGCUUUUUAAUAAUGAAACUUGUUUUUCUCCUGAGAAGAAGGAUCUGCAGAUAAGGUAUAUUUGGGCUUUUUGUCUAGUUUUCCUUGUGGGAGCUCAGAAAGUUAAGGGGCAAAUAUGGUCAAUCUUGAAGAAGUCUGAAUUUGGGACAUCUCUGCUUACCUCACCAUUUCCCAGGCAGCAACACUGCAAUCACUUGCCACUAGGAACAUCUAAAGAGCUACACUGGAGUAGCAGAGCAUGAGAAGGUGUCCAGCAUACUUUCAGCACAAGAAGAUUCCAAAUGAAGCUGUGUCACAUUUGUACCGUUUGCUGCUAGAUUGAAGUGGCACUGCCAUGGUCUGUUAUGCCUGGAGUACCGUAUACUGAAUCAGGAGGGUGGGGGAGAAAUACGGAGACAAAACCCGUUGUCCAAUGUCUCUGUGAUGUCAAGGAUUCCAUUUCUCUGAUAGUGAAAAAGUAAAAACAGAUUCCUAUAGGCCAUGGUUCCUGUGGUGGAAAGAGAUGGGUAUGGAUUUUGCAUUUGAUUGCUGAAGACUUCUUGUGGUGCCAUGAACGUAGCUGCAAGCAAGGGCAGCUGAACCGAUUGCAUUACUGCUGGGUGGAGGGCCAUGCUGCUUCUAUCUCUGAAGUAAGCAGCAACUUCCCAGCCUCAUUUUAGAAUACUUAAUUUAGAAUUCAAACAGGAGAAAAAGAACAAGCUUAGCUGUGAGUGGGAAGUAAUGGAAAAGGCAAGCAGUCUGCAUGUAUAAUGGGCUGAACUUUGGAAGCUCAAAUUUGAAGAUCGUCAGGCAGCAUCUCUAGAACUUGGAGCAAACAGUCUGAGCUCUAACUAAUCAAGUGGGCAAUAACCCAGAUCACAUCAGACAUCUGUCAAGACAUCCAUUUACUACAUACAUGGGAUAAAAUUUGGGGACCAGGUUUCUGUAAUAGUUCUUUUUAAAACAAUAUGCUGAUUUAUGGAAAGAAACUCUCUCAAGGAAGAGACAUGGUUGACUUUCAGAUCUGUGUUUUUGAAAUGCCCAUCAACAAGCCAUGUUAUGUGGACUUUGAGAAUGCUGUGUCUUCCACCCACUCUAUGUGUGAGCUUCCCUUCCUUGUCGCUUCAGUCUUUUUUCCCUCUAAAUGAAUCCCAAUUCAUGAAUUAUAUUUUUAGCAUAAUGGCUGUCAAAUACUUCCCUGGUAAUAUAUGGUUAUUUAGCAUCACGUGGUGGUUGGAUCACAUGGGUGCAUCCAACCUCAUCAGUCCUGAUGGAGGGAGUACUCAUAAUAUUCAGGCUACACAUGGAAUGCUAAUAGGACACUGAAGUCAAUCACCAGCAAGUAGUUCUGAAGUGGCAAAUAUGCCACAAAUGGAAUGAAGUAAGCCUGAGAGUAGAAGAGUAACUGUGUUUUUAGCAAAUUGCUGAAUCUCUGUUUUUAGUCUCAAGAAGUAGUGCUUUUUUUCCCUCAUUGUCUUCCCCAAUCUAGCUCUUCUGUAUGUGCUGGGCUACAGUACUGAUCAUCCAAACUCAUUGACCAUGCUAAAUAUGACAGUGUAGCCCAACACAUCAAGAGGAUAUAAGGUUUGAAUGAAGUAGAUACCAGAAACAGUAUGAACUGGACAUGGAGCACAGAACACUUCACCUGCAGAAGAAUGUGCAAGACAAGAGCUGUUGAAACAAUAUGACAAUAUUGUAAUGAUUAAAGGGACUAUUUCCUUGCCAUACGAAGAGCAAUGAAGAGCAGCUCCAUCAGCAAACCAGCCUCCUGGUAGGCUCAGUAGUUUCCUGGAUCUAAAUCCAAGUAGUAAACUCAACUAAUUUGUGGCUCAGGCUGUAAACUAAAACAUAUUUUUGCAUUUAUGUGGCUUUAAGAGAUUAAUAUAUAGGUGAAUAGAUAUAUCUCACUCUUUGUGGAGCAGUGUUUCAUGGCACACACAAAAUGCCAAAGCAUAUCUGCAUUGAGAUAACGCCAGGGGGUGCAAAUGUAAGCAAUUAGAAGUUUUUAAUUGUCUAGUGUAUGUCAGUCGACAUCCAAAUAAGGAAAUGCAUUGAGGGAUUCUCAGCAGCCUGACAGAAAGCAUCAAGAAUUCAUACUAUUAACAAAAAUAGAGCUCCCUCUCCCAGACUGCAUAUCUUGGACUCCAUCUUUUCAAAAAGAACAAGUGGAACUCCUACCAUCCAGAUAUGUUGGCCUCUAGUUCCCAUCGUCUCCAACCAGAAUGACCACUAGAGGACACCAGAGGAAUUUAUGGAGAUCACGACAACCUAACAAAGGGCUUCUUUUUCUGACCAAAUGAACAGGCAAACUGAGUCAAGCAGUUCUUGUUUGCAUUUGCGAAAUGCUUGAGGAGAUGUUAUGUACACUUCAAUUUUAAUUCUCUUUUAAAAGGCAGGGGUAGGGGAAAGAUAUGCUUGCUGAAGAGAAAGAAAAGUUUAUUAUUUUCAUCACAUUUGCAAAAAUAAUGGAGGGGAAAGACAAAACCAAGAGACAAACCACUUGAGCGUGUGAUCUCAAAUGCAGAUGUUGCUGCCAUUUUCAACUCUGUAACUCAUGAAUGUAGUUCCAUUAUGUAUAAAAUUACCUGCACUUUCAUUAAUAAAGUUCACAAAAUGCC